AAAUCCGCCACCUUAGUAACGGUAACCAUGCAGGGCGGGGCUUAGCGAAGGCUCAGUUCAUCUCAAACGAAGUUCAAAUGACCGCGAGACGCCACAAGACCACAAGAGCAGAAUGGAGGUGAACCAGAACCCGGAGCACCUAACCGACAACCCCGUUAAAAGGGAAGAAUCAAGCUCACCGUGUACUACCAACGAUAAACAGAAACAAACAGGAAGACAGAGACUCAAACAUCACUGCUGUCAGCACCGUGACAAAGCCUUCAGGACAUCGAAAUAUUUAAAGAUUCAUCAGAGAGUUCCUACAGGAGAGAAACGUCCAAGCUGUGACCAGUGUGGGAAAGCUUUCAAUACAGUCAUUCAUCUAAAAGUCCACCAACGCAUUCACACUGGAGAGAAGCCGUACAACUGUGAGCAAUGUGGGAAAGCUUUCACUAGAAAAAGUAAUCUAAAAAGUCACCAACGCAUUCACACUGGAGAGAAGCCAUACAGCUGUGAGCAAUGUGGGAAAGCUUUCACUAGAAAAAAUCAUCUAAAAAUCCACCAACGCAUUCACACUGGAGAGAAGCCAUACUGGUGUGAACAAUGUGGGAAAACUUUCUCUCAAGACAGCACUCUAAAAAGCCACCAACGCAUUCACACUGGAGAGAAGCCAUACUGGUGUGAACAAUGUGGGAAAACUUUCUCUCAAGACGGUAAUCUAAAAAGGCACCAACGCAUUCACACUGGAGAGCAGCCAUACUGGUGUGAACAAUGUGGGAAAACUUUCUCUCAAGACAGCACUCUAAAAAGGCACCAACGCAUUCACACUGGAGAGAAGCCGUACUGGUGUGGGCAAUGUGGGAAAACUUUCACUCGUGGUAGUUCCUUAAAAAAACACAGAUGCAGUCACUCAGCAUCGGCGGGGCUUAGCGAAGGCUCAGUUCAUCUCAAACGAAGUUCAAAUGACCGCGAGACGCCACAAGACCACAAGAGCAGAAUGGAGGUGAACCAGAACCCGGAGCACCUAACCGACAACCCCGUUAAAAGGGAAGAAUCAAGCUCACCGUGUACUACCAACGAUAAACAGAAACAAACAGGAAGAAAAGGACUCAAACAUCACUGCUGUCAGCACUGUGACAAAGCCUUCACGACAUCAAGACAUUUAAAGAUUCAUCAGAAAGUUCAUACAGGAGAGAAACGUCCUAGCUGUGACCAGUGUGGGAAAACUUUCAAUACAGUCAUUCAUCUAAAAGUCCACCAACGUAUUUACACUGGAGAGAAACCGUACAACUGUGACAAAUGUGGGAAAGCUUUCACUACGGACGGUAAUCUAAAACGGCCCCAACGCAUACACACUGGAGAGAAACCGUACAGCUGUGAGCAAUGUGGGAGAACUUUCACUACAGGCAGUGAUCUAAAAAUCCACCAACGCAGUCACACUGGAGAGAAGCCAUACUGGUGUGAACAAUGUGGGAAAACUUUCUCUCAAGACAGCACUCUAAAAAGGCACCAACGCAUUCACACUGGAGAGAAGCCGUACUGGUGUGAGCAAUGUGGGAAAACUUUCUCUCAAGACAGUAAUCUAAAACGGCACCAAUGCAUUUACACUGGAGAGAAACCGUACAGCUGUGAGCAAUGUGGGAGAACUUUCACUACAGGCAGUGGUCUAAAAAUCCACCAAUGCAGUCACACUGGAGAGAAACCGUACAGCUGUGAGCAAUGUGGGAGAACUUUCACUACAGGCAGUGGUCUAAAAAUCCACCAAUGCAGUCACACUGGAGAGAAACCGUACAGCUGUGAGCAAUGUGGGAGAACUUUCACUACAGGCAGUGGUCUAAAAAUCCACCAACGCAUUCACACUGGAGAGAAACUGCACUACUGUGACAAAUGUGGGAAAACUUUCACUAUAGAAGGUAAUCUAAAACGGCACCAACGCAUUCAUACUGGAGAGAAACCAUACAGCUGUGAGCAAUGUGGGAGAACUUUCACUACAGGCAGUGGUCUAAAAAUCCACCAACGCAUUCACACUGGAGAGAAGCCGUACUGGUGUGACCAAUGUGGGAAAUUCUUCACUAGAUGCAGUCAUCUAAAAACCCACCAACGCAUUCACACUGGAGAGAAACCGCACUACUGUGACGAAUGUGGGAAAACUUUCACUAUAGAAGGUAAUCUAAAACGGCACCAAGGCAUUCAUACUGGAGAGAAACCAUACAGCUGUGAGCAAUGUGGGAAAGCUUUUACUAGAGACAGUUGUCUGAAAAGCCACCAACGCAUUCACACUGGAGAGAAACCAUACAACUGUGACCAAUGUGGGAAAACUUUCACUACAGACAGAUGGCUAAAAAGCCACCAACGCAUUCACACUGGACAGAAGCCAUACGAGUGUGAGCAAUGUGGGAAAACUUUCACUCACGCUAAUAAUCUAAUAAUCCACCAACGCAUUCACACUGGAGAGAAGCCGUACUGGUGUGGACAAUGUGGGAAAACUUUCUCUCAAGACGGUAAUCUAAAAAGGCACCAACGCAUUCACACUGGAGAGAAGCCGUACUGGUGUGGGCAAUGUGGGAAAAUUUUCACUCAUGGUAGUUCCUCAAAAAAACACAGAUGCAGUCACUCAGCAUCGUCAGCAGAGACGCUGCAGUCCAGAACGCAGUUCCUCAGUCAGAGAGUCCUGCUGGAUUUCUACGUUCAGGGCGACCACAAGAGCAGAAUGGAGGAGAACCAGAACCUGGAGCACCUUACCAACAACCCCGUUAAAAUGGAAGAAUCGGGCUCACCCUGUGCUACCACCAAUGAACAGAAACAAACGAGAAGACAGAGAUUCAAACAUCACUGCUGUCAGCACUGUGACAAAGCCUUCUCGACAUCGAAAUAUUUAAAGAUUCAUCAGAAAGUUCAUACAGGAGAGAAACGUCCAAGCUGUGACCAGUGUGGGAAAGCUUUCAAUACAGUCACUCAUCUAAAAAGCCACCAACGCAUUCACACUGGAGAGAAGCCGUACCGGUGUGAACAAUGUGGGAAAACUUUCUCUGAAUACAGUAAUCUAAAAAGCCACCAAUACAUUCAUACUGGAGAAAAGCCGUACAGCUGUGAGCAGUGUGGGAACACUUUCACUACAGUCAGUCAUCUGACAGUCCACCAACGUAUCCACACUGGAGAGAAGCCGUACCGGUGUGAACUAUGUGGGAAAACUUUUACUAAAGACAGUAAUCUAAUAAGCCACCAACGCAUUCACACUGGAGAGAAGCCGUACUGGUGUGAACACUGUGGGAGAACUUUCACUACAGACAGUAAUCUAAAAAGGCACCAACGCAUUCACACUGGAGAGAAGCCGUACUGGUGUGAGCAAUGUGGGAGAACUUUCACUACAGACAGUACUCUAAAAAGGCACCAACGCAUUCACACUGGAGAGAAGCCGUACUGGUGUGAGCAAUAUGGGAAAACUUUCUCUCAAGACAGUAAUCUAAAACGGCACCAACGCAUGCACACCGGAGAGAAGCCGUACUGGUGUGAACAAUGUGGGAAAAAUUUUGCUCAUGGUAGGUCCUUAAAAUCCCACCGAUGCAGUCACUCAACAUUGUGUUGAACAUGUUUUAGAGGCAGAUCAGUGGUGUCCCCCGUCUCUUCAUGCCUUUAAUAACAGUGUUGUUCUAUCCUGAGUUUCUCUACAAACUGAGGUCUGCCAGCUGUAACUUUAGAAUCAGUGUCUUUGCCAUUAGCGGCCCAUGUGACCAAUUUUUAAGCUCAGUGCUUGGUUGUAGAUAACUUCUACCCUGGAAGCGUUUUCAUUUUUCAACUUGAGUUUCAUGUUGAUCCAAGUCAUAGAAUUGCUGAAAGUGUGAGUAGCGUAACAUCGUCAAUGGGGGAAAAGUAACAGCAUUUAAAGUAACUCAAAGAAAGCUUGAAACUAGUUUAAAUGAGUUUAAGGUGGAUUCAGGAUUUGUUUUUGGUGGUUUUACAGACAAUUGAAUUUAAUUUAAUGGUAAUUAGAUUUUGAAAACGUGCUAUUUGUGUUAAGAGAACAAUCAUAUUUAAAUCAACCACUUAAUGACAACAAACAAAUACAGGUAAAUUAUUCCAAUCAGAAAGAGCCUGAAACAUAAAUUGUUACCAACUCCCAAGGAGACAAAGAGAUUCAUAAAGAGGAUCUGAUUAGAGCGAAACAAAGAAUUGUUUUAAGCAACAAGGAAGAUUAAGAUGAAUGCAUUUGAAAAUAAGCUGAUACCAAUGAAAUUCAUCUGAAUGUGUCUUAACGUUUUGUGAUGAUGCAUAAUAAAGAGCAUCCUCCGCUGUUAGGACAAAUAAAAACUUUUCCCAAACUUUUAGGAAACAACAAAAAAAUAGUUUAUCUUUCAUCCUUCCAUCAUGAGUUUGCCUUUCCAUUAAGCAGACAGGUCAUUACUUUCUUUUUCAUUAUUACUAUUUUAAUUAUGUUAAUUGGAAGUUUAAACACAGAGCCACUUCAGUGCUGUGAUGUCUUUGGUGCCAAUGAUGUCAGAGGUCAGACUGGGAUUCCAUACAAACUGUAUUUUAAUCAGUCCUACAGUGAUGGAUGACCCAGCAGGUUUCCCAUCACAGCCACCACAUAUCCUGUUUUUUAAAAUUGUGAGCUUUCCAUCAGCAGAGACUGUAUGAUGAUGUGUCGUCAUGGCAACCACAGCUGCUAGGACCAAGCAUGAGCUUUUUCUGCAACCAGAUGUUUGACAGGUUUUUCUUUUGACUUGUUUAAAUAUUCACUUCUUCUUCUUCUUCAGCUGUUCAAGUGAAGCUUUAAUGAGUUUACAUUUCACUGUUGUUUAUUUCAAAACCUUUAAAAUGUAAUCAUUGUUAAAACAUUAUUCUAUGAGUCAGAUGAAUAAAUCAGCUGUUUGAUA